AUGGCAGGAAAAUCAGGCAAAGGAAUUGGCAAGGUCAGCGCAAAGAGACAUGCAAGAAAACCAAACAAAGCAUCCAUUGAAGGAAUUACAAAGCCAGCAAUCAGAAGAUUAGCAAGAAGAGGAGGUGUUAAGAGAAUUUCAUCCUUCCUUUAUGAUGACUCAAGAAAUGUCUUGAAGAGCUUCUUAGAAAAUGUCGUUAGAGAUGCUAUCACCUAUACAGAGCAUGCCAGAAGAAAGACAGUUACCGUAAUGGAUGUUGUGUACUCCUUAAAGAGAUAAGGCAGAACUCUUUAUGGCUUUGGAGCAUGAAUUAGUUUAAUAUAAACAAUAAUAAUAAUUAAUUUAAACUC